GAGAGUACACCCCAUAGCAAACAUUCAGUCACACAGUCGUACAGUUUCACUCAAGCUGCUCACUUCAAAAACAUUUCCUUUUCAGUCUUUCUGCUGUUUUUUAAAAUCUAUUUUUCUUGUUGUUUUCACCAGAUAUCAUCAACCUGCACAGUUUCAUUUGAUCACAUCUACUGGAUAUAUAAUUUUGCCGUCUCAAUAAGAAGAUGUCCCAGUCUAGUCUUCUGGAUUUGGAUCGAUCCAACAACACGGAGAAAUCCCGCCGGUCAAGCAGUCGCAACCAGAGCAGAUCCCAGGCCAAACAUGGGGAUGUCCUCUGUGACUUUUGCACAACAAAGAGGCAAAAGGCUGAGAAGUCCUGCUUAGUGUGCCUGGCGUCCUACUGUGAGUCCCACCUGCAGACUCACUACACCUACCCAACCCUGAUGAAGCACAAACUGGUCAAGGCUACAGGUCAGAUGAGGGAGAAGAUCUGCGCCCAGCACGACAAACUGAUGGAAGCCUUUUGUCGCUCUGAUCAGACACUAGUUUGUGUCCUGUGCAUGAUGGACGAACACAAACACCACGACAUCGUCCCGGCCGGAACUGAGAGGACAGAGAAACAAAAGCAACUUGGUCCCACGCUGCAUAAAUCUCAACAAAGAAUUGACCAGAGAAUUAAAAAGUGGCAGGAUAUGAGACAAGCGGUGGAAUCCGUCCAGCACUCUGCUCAAACGGUCCUGGAGGAGAACGAGCGGAUCUUCACUGAGCUUCUACAGCUCAUAGAACGGAAGUACAACGAUGUGAAGGAGACGAUCCGCUCCCAUGAGAAGAUCACCGUGAACCGUGGCGAGAUACUGCUGGACCGCCUAGAGGAGGAGAUCACUCUGUUGAAGAAACGACACAACAACCUGGAGAAGCUUUCACGCACUGAUGACCACAUACAUUUUCUACAGAGCUGGCAGUCUCUCUCUGGCCCCUCGGGAUACGAAGACCUGAACAACAUCAGCGUUGCUCCCCAUUACUCCUUCGACUCGGCCAAGAGAGCCAUCGCCUCAUUUAAGAUACAAGUGGAAGAAAUGAGCAAAACAGAAAUGAGCAAAAUCACAGGAGCAGUGAAGGAAGUUUAUAUCACACAAGAAGUCGAGACAAAGACAAGGAGGGAAUCGUUUCUGAAGGAGGAAACAAGAACCAGAGAGGAACCAAAAACAAGAGAAGACUUCCUAAAAUACUCUUGCCAGCUGACUUUGGAUGCCAACACUGCGCAUCCCAGCCUCCACCUCUCAGAUGGAAACAAAACAGCCACGAUGAAAAGUGAACCAAUGAACUACCCCAAUCAUCCAGAUAGGUUCGAUCACUGGCAGCAGGUGUUGUGCAGAGAGAGCAUUUCUAGCAGUCGCUGUUACUGGGAGGUGGACUGGAAGGGGACAGAGAUCGACGUGGCCGUUACCUACAGGGGAAUCCGCCGCAAAGGCAGCGGAAACGAGUGCAGUCUGGGCUGGAACGACAAGUCCUGGAGUUUGUACUGCUCUGAUGCUAAAUACACCUUUGUGCACAACAGUAAAAGCACCGACAUCUUUGGUUUGACGUCGUCUCGCAUCGGUGUCUAUCUGGACUACAUAAAUGGGACGCUUGCCUUCUACAGUGUUCCUGAUGGCAUGAGACUCCUGCACAAAGUCCAGACCACGUUCAGAGAGCCUGUCUACCCAGCUUUCAGUGUGUGGGGCUUUGGAUCUAAUAUAAAGCUGUAACCACAGGUCCCAAGGCAUGCAUGGGUUUUAGCACAGACUCGAGACAUCCCCUAUAUUUAUGGAAAGUUUAGAUGCAGGAUUUGGUUUUUCACACUUUUUAAAAGUGAUUUUUCUAUAGCCAAAAUAUUUUCUCCAUUUUGAUUGGUGUUAAUGGUAAAUUAGGUUUGUAUAUUGUCAUUUGUAUGUAAAGCAGAAUAUGAGAUUAUUAUUAUUUUGUUGUUCUUUGUAUUUUCAAGCAUUUACUGCAUAGAACAUUAAAGCAUCUUAGUAUUACCAUCAUGCUGGAAGCUAAGUGUGUGAUUCUCUUUAAAAAUGCCGCCUGUUACAAAAUGUUAGCUCAAAAUCUAUUUGAUCAAAUAUUAGAAACUUAAUGUUGAGGAUUGCAUUUUGGUAAUGUGUUUUCUUUUUCAAGAGGAGCCAGUUGAGGUGGCUCGGGCAUCUAGGAUGCCUCCUGGACACCUCCCUGGUGAGGUUUUCCGGGCAUGUCCAACCAGGAAGAGAGCUAAAGGGAGAUUCAGGACAUGUUAUAGAGACAAAGUCUCUUACCUGGCCAAGGAACGCCUUGGAAUCCCCCCCGGACGAGCUGGCCUAAGUGGCUGUGGAGAGCGAAGUCUGGGCCUCUCGACUUGCCCCCAUGACCAGACUCUGGAUAAGCAGAAGAUAAUGAAUGAAUGGAUCGAUGGAUGCUCUUUAAUGUGUGAUUGCAAAGAAGAAACCUAUUUUAUUUUUAAAAAUGUCUUUGUAGUAAAAUUCAAAAAGAAAAUGUGCAUGUUUUUAUUUUUUUAUCUUUGUAGUGCAUUUCCAGGUAAAACAUGUUUUAUUGUUUUACUUCCUGAGCAUGUGACCAUACAUGAAUAAAUAAAGGAAAUGUAAA